AUGGCAUCUUUCGACUUACACGCUCGGCUCCGCGCCGCCCUUCCGGACGGAAACAAGGCCCCCACUCUCCCCUCCUCGAUGGCCCUCGCCAACGCGUCAGCUUCACUUCCACGGCCCACCAAGAAAGGCUACCUUUCACCGCUGGGAACCGAGGCCACGCUCACCCACAUCCUCGACGAGGUCGUCCCAGGCCUCAACGGGCAGGCGCGGAGCGGGCGAUACUACGGCUUCGUCACGGGCGGAUCGCUGCCCGUAGCCGAGGUGGCGGACAACAUCGUCUCGGCGCUGGACCAGAACGUGCAGGUGCAUCUACCCUCGCAGACGGUGGCGACGGAGUUGGAGAGUGUCGCUCUCAGGAUGCUUGCUGAUGUGCUGGGUCUCGAGGACGGCGUGGGCGAGGCGAAUGUCUGGGAGGGGAGGACUUUCACGACGGGUGCGACGGCAAGCAACAUUAUUGGUCUGGCCUGCGGAAGGGAGGCCAUCAUCGAGAGACGAGGCGGCAGGGUCGGCGAGGCGGGCAUCCUGGGCGCGUGUCUGGCGGCGGGCGUGAAGGAGAUUCAGGUACUGACGAGCAUGGGACACAGUUCGCUGUUCAAGGCGGCGAGCGUCGUCGGGCUAGGAAGAGCUAGUGUAAAAGAGGUGCCUGCAAGCACUGACGAGCCGUGGAGGUUGGAUCUGGACGCCUUGGAGAGGGCCUUGAGCAGAGAGGGUGUGGUGAGUAUCAUUGCCGUGAGUGCUGGGGAGGUGAAUACGGGCAGGUUCGCGACAGGUGGGUUCGCGGAAAUGAGAAGGCUGAGAGACUUGGCUGAUAAGUUUGGGGCGUGGAUUCAUGUCGAUGGAGCUUUUGGUAUCUUUGCGAGGGCACUGGAGUCGACGCCCGAGUUUGAGAAGAUUAGGGGCUUGGCAUCGGGUUUGGAGCUUGCGGACAGCAUUACUGUCGACGGACACAAGCUUCUGAAUGUGCCCUACGACUGCGGCAUGUUCUUCACGCGCUCCCUCGCGAUCCUCACGUCCGUCUUCACAAACCCCAACGCAGCUUACCUCUCAUCGGGCCCUUCAUCCAUUCCCUCCCCGCUCAACAUUGGGCUCGAGAACUCGCGCCGCUUCCGGGCCCUUCCAGCCUAUGCAGUGCUCCGAUCCGAAGGGCGGACUGGCAUCGCCGCAAUCCUGGGGAGAAUGGUCCUUCUCGCGCGCCGGGUGGCUCAGUGGAUUCGCGAGUCGGAGGCGUAUGAGCUGCUCCCCGAGGGGGCCUGGGACUUGAAGGAGACACACAUGGUCGUCCUCUUCCGGGCGCGUGAUGAAACGGUCAACGAGGAGCUGGUGGGACGAAUCAACGCCACACGAGAGAUAUACGUCAGCGGAACGAGCUGGAAGGGGAUGAAGGCCGUGAGGAUUGCAGUGGGGAGCUGGAGGGUUGACGUCGAGAGAGACUUUGACGUCGUGACGCGGGUGUUGGGGGAGAUGGUCAGGGGAUAA